UUCACUGAUAAACAGACUUAGCCAGUACCAAUAUGAAACUGAGGCCGGAGUGUUUUCUGCAGUUUCUACAUUUAGAUAAAAUGUACUGCUUACUAUCAGUAAGAAAUGCCAGGGCAUUGGUAGAAUAUUUCCAAAUGCUAGAUGUUCAUAAGAAGAACACCCUGAAUGAUUUGCAGUUUUAUCACUUUCUCCACUAUGUGACUGACCUGACAAGGAGGCAGAUCAUGCUGGUGUUUGACUUGCUGGACUGGAACGCCACCGGGGAGAUUGGCCUUGAUGAGUUCUACAUGCUGGUGUGCAUCCUGCUCGCUCAUGAGAACCAUCUCGAAAAGCAGUUCAUUUAUCGUCACUCUUGGCCUGUGUUUGAGCUGCUGGAUAUGGAUGGAGGACAUACAAUUGGUCCUAAGGAGUUUCGGGCCACUAGGUUCCUCUUUAACAUCAACAAAGAAGAGCUUGAGAAGAUAUUCAGGGAUUUUGAUGUCUCUGGAGAUGAGUCCCUGAACUACAAGGAGUUCAAGAUGUUCACAAUCUUCUGCAUUGACAGACAGCAGAAAAAGGAGGAGAAAAAAAGUAUUGUAUUGAAGAAAAGCCAAAAAUAAACCUUCCCAAAAUAAAUACCUACUCAUUCCACUGGUAAAAUACCCAGGUUUUAUUUAAAGUAGGGCCCCAGAUAACCACCUUCCCCAGCGAAAGUUUUCGGAUGAGUUUAACAUACCAGCUAACCAAUGGAUAAUGGAAGUAAUGGAGCAAACAAUUGCCCAUAUGUAUAAGUUUGUCUCAUACCAUAUGAAAGUGCAAAAUUGCAUCUGGUGUCAUUCCAUAUGGAAUAGCUGAUGCAAUUUAGACUUCAGCCUCAUGCUUCAUGUUGCACACCAGAUAUGGUGUUGAUAUUGCUGUCACUCCUUCCCUGCUAUAUCAAACUGCCUGAGUUUUGUAGCAUUGACCUGGCCCAUCCCCUGAAUAAAUUGCGUUUGUUUGAGACAGAACACCUAC